AUGCCGGGCGACAAGAAAAUUAUGCAAUCUGACUCAUUAGCCAAAAGAGACAAUCAAAAUCUGGGCUCAAGAAAAGAUGUCAUAGUUUCAGGUGUGUCCUCUUCAUCAUCAGGAGUUUCUGCAAAAGGUGGCGUUGGCAAUGGAAACAAAGCAGCUGCUGAUCAAGGUGUUCAGUAUUCAUCUACUAGCUGUUAUGAUUAUCAGUAUCCAGGACACAAUGGAACAUAUAGUCAACUAGAUGGAUCUGGUCAAAUGAGUUCCAAUGGGGCUGUUUACUCUGAUAAUGGAUCACUUCUUUAUUAUAUGCCAAGCUAUAAUCCUUAUGCUACUGGAGCUUAUAUGGGUGUUGAUGGACAACAACAACAACAACAUCAACAACAUCAACAACAACAACCCUACUUUUCUUCAUCAGAAGCCAUUCCAUGUUACUCAUGGAAUUCAACAUAUCCUGAAAAUUCAACAUCUUUUGGUACGAAAUCAGUUUCUGGAUCAAAUGGGAUGAAGUCAAACGAUUUGAACUCCAAAAGAACCAUGAAUUUCUACUCUGGAAAAUCUCCUAAUUACCCUUUGGACAUGAAGUCAAGCCAACAUUCCACACCUUCUGUUCCUAAGUCUAUCCUUCAGUCACAGCAUUUCAGGUCGCUCAACAAGUUGAAUUCUGCUUACCAAUCUGGGGGUCUUCAAAAAGGGUAUCAACAAUCUGGAAACUUCUCCUCAUUUUCCUACCCAAAUCAAGCACUAUUUUCAAACUACUCUAUGAACUAUUCUUCUGGGGGUAGACUUUGGAAUGAAAAUGAUAGAUACAAACCACGUGAAAAGUCUUACAACAAUGGAGAAUCUGAAGAACUUACCCGUGGCCCAAGGGCACAAAGCAUAUAA